AUGCUGCGACGAAAAUAUGGACAGGCUGGACUUAGACAUGGCGAUGACCUCAUCGUAACACCAUUCGCUCAACUGCUCGCCAGCCUUCGAAAUGUCCGAGCAAAUCUUAUUUCCAUCGCCAACAUCCAGUCGCGCGACGACGGACGUCACGCGAAUCGCACAGCGAAGCGUCCACCGCUCCACAACACUCCGUUGCCCGAAAACGUCGUUACCUGUGCUCAGGAAACUCUCGGUAAUCCACUGUGA